AUGGCGUCUGAGCCACCACUAAGGCACACGCUUCUGCUCGGAACUUCCAAGUUGAAAGCUCUCCUUGAGCAGGAGGAUCCUUUUAAGUACUUCAUCCGCGACCUGAGAGUGUGUGAGAUCGUCAAGCUCUUUGCACUGCUGCGCCGCUGGGGAGAAAUUGAUGAUAACGAGAAAUAUGAGGAGCUUAGAGCCGCUUUGGGUACAUCAUUCAUAUUUGGCUCGCCGCGAUACAUCGACAGUAUCACCCUGGAAGGCAAAGUCGUGGAAGGUACCAAAGUCUGGGUCGACGCUGCUAGAUUCAACCGCCGUUAUGCUAGACAGGUGCCAGUGAUUCAGCUCAGAGAGCGAGUCAAGAAGUUGAAGAUUGAUAGCGAUGUGCUUGAGGGUUUACUGAUGAGAUUGGAGUUCCCCAAAAAGAGAGGACGUCCACCAGCCAG